ACACAUGACACAAAUAGCACUAAUCAUAUGGAUUUGGUUUUGGGUUUGCUUUUGAAUUUGAAAACUCGUGAACCGCUCUUCACUCAAGACAUGCAGUCAUCCCAAGACACCGAUCAUCACAUCCAACACAUCCACACCACUCAUGAUAGCAAUAACAAGGAUGACGAGCACACCGACAAUGACAACGUUGACACCAUUCCCACAACUGAUCCCGUGUUCAGCAAAAUAUCCAAAAUCAAUGGCUUUAUAAACGACAUGAAUGCGGAUCAGUUGAGACAACGUCUUCAGCUCUUGGAUCUAGAAGUGAGUGGUUCAAUGGAAUCGUGUCGAAGACGACUGAAGAGUCACUACAAGAGCGAAGCCAUGACUAAAGUGUUAAAGAAGACAAAAACCUAUUAUUACGAUAUCGUAUGUGUUGUGGACUUCGAGGCCACGUGUGAUAAACAACCAAACGAUCAAUUGAUUCAAGAGAUCAUUGAAUUUCCAGCCGUUUUGGUUGACAUCAAACGCAAACAAAUAGUUUCGACAUUUCAUGAGUUCGUGAGACCGAAAUCGACUGAAAAAUUAUCGCAAUUUUGUACGGAUUUGACUGGAAUUUGUCAAUCAGUUGUCGAUAAGUCGGACCCUUUUUCGCAAGUUUUGGACAAAUUUGAAAAAUGGUUGCACUCUUUCGUCGCCGAGAAUGACAUUAAAUCCUAUGCAUUGGCGACCGACGGGGCGUGGGAUAUGAGCCACUUCUUUGCCCAAUCCUUAUCGUUGGAUCAAAUGCUGACACAUCUUGGGAUGGAAUUUAAUGGGAGGCAGCAUUCGGGUCGUGACGACGCCCUCAAUAUAGCGAAUCUCUUGAUACGUAUGACCAUCGAUGGCGCCAACCCUACUAUCAAUCAGAGGAUCAGUUGGCAUAAUUCUAAACGCAAACGUUGGGAAAAAAUGAGAUGUGGUUUUGUUCGUGUCUUCGAUAAUAAGCCUUCCGAUGGCCACAAUGUUUCCGAUUCUGAAGAAUCUAACUCUGAAUCUAACUCUGAAGUUAUUGAUGAAAAGUUAGCCGAAGAACAAGUCGUUAAGAAUUAG